AUGCUUAUCCGCCUCUCCACGGUGGCCCUGGCCGCCAGCUUUCUGACGGCCUGCCCGUCCACCCUCGUCGCCGCUCUGUCCUCCCACGACAUUCCCGCCGAUACCCCCGUCUCCGCCCUCCUCGCCUCGGCCCAGGGCCACCUGUCCAAGGGCGAGACGAACGAUGCUCUCGUCUACUACGACGCCGCCAUCGCCCGCGACCCGUCCAACUACCUCACCUUCUUCAAGCGCGCCACCACCUACCUCUCCCUCGGCCGCAUGUCCCAGGCCGUCGACGAUUUCGAAAAGGUCCUGGCCAUCAAGCCCGGGUUCGAGGGCGCCCACGUGCAACUCGGCCGCAUCAAGCAGCGGACCGCCGACUGGGAGGGCGCCAGAACCCAGUUCCUCGCCGCAGGCAAGACGCCCGCGUCCAAGGAGCUGCAGGAGCUGCAGGAGGCCCAGGGCGCCGCCACCCUGGCAGAGGAGGCAGAGAGGGCCGGCAAGUGGGAAGAGUGCGCCAGCCAUGCCGACGUCGCCAUCUCGGUCGCCAACCGCGCAGUGUCGCUGCGCGAGAUCCGAUCGCAUUGCCGUUUCGAGCAGGGGAGCCUUGAGCAAGGGAUGAGCGAUCUCCAGCACAUCCUGAGCAUGCGACCGGGCGACACAACGCCGCACGUCAAGAUCUCGGCCAUGCAGUUCUACGCGCUCGGCGAUCUCGACAAGGGCAUGGCCCAGAUCCGCAAGUGCCUGCACUCCGACCCGGACUCCAAGGUGUGCAAGAAGCUGUUGCGGCAGGAGAAGGCCGUCGACAAGGCGCUGGCCAGGGCCGUCAAGGCCUUUGAGAAGAAGCAAUAUAUGAGCGGAGUCAAGCACCUGGUGCCGUCUGGCGAGGACGAGGAGGGCCUGAUCAAGGAGGUCAAGGACCAGGUGCGGGCGCUGCGGGAGGACAAGACGAUACCGCCCGCAGCGACUGAUUCGCUCGUAGUGAGGCUCGUGAGCAUGGCCUGCGAGGCCUACUAUGAGACCAACAGCCGCAAGGCCAAGACGUACUGCGACGAGGCUCUCUCCCUGGACGAGAACGCCUUCUACGGCCUCCUCCACAAGCACAAGACGCAGCUCGCGGCCGAGCUCUUUGAGGAGGCCGUGCGCACGCUGCAGAAGGCCAUCGACGCGCACCCGGACAAGCAGGACGUGGCCAACCCGCUGAUGCACGAGGCGCAGGUCAAGCUCAAGCGCUCCAAGACCAAGGACUACUACAAGGUGCUGGGCGUGGCGCACGACGCCGACGAGCGCCAGAUCAAGGCGGCCUACCGCCGCAUGUCCAAGCAGCACCACCCGGACAAGGCGGCCAAGCAGGGCCUGUCCAAGGAGGACGCCGAGAAGAAGAUGGCCGGCAUCAACGAGGCGUACGAGGUGCUCAGCAACCCGGAGCUGCGGGCGCGCUUCGACGCCGGCGACGACCCCAACUCGCACGAGGGGCAGCAGGGCGGCGGUGGCAACCCCUUCCAGCAGGGCGGCUUCCAGCACCCCUUCAUGUUCCAGCAGGGCGGCCAGCAGUUCAAGUUCCAGUACGGGUCCGGCGGCUUCCCGGGCGGCUUCGGCUUUGGCGGCUAA